UCCAAUUCUGUUUAUUUUCCGUCGGCCUAUUUCCGCUACGAGGCCAAACACCGACGCCAGAGAGGUGACACUCCCACUAUCUGGAUUGGAUAUCGACCCAUCAACUCAUGGACCGGGGACCAACGGCUUUACUUCCCUUCCGAAGGAAGGCGUGACCUCAGAUUUUUCUCACCUCUGAAAAAUCUCAACGACCUCGACUGGGAUUGAACCCAGACCAACUGGGGUGGGUGGCGGUCACGCUAACCACCCAACCAUCGGCGCCGUCAAGCGUGAUAUCAAAGAAGUGGAACUCCGACAAAUUGCACAGUCCCAUUAUUUUGACAUCUGACGAUUAUCAGCGUCUUUUGCCGAACGAAACCGCUUGCUUUGCUUUAUAAACAUUUUGGAGAAAUAACACGUUUAUCGCGAAUAUAAAUCGUCAUUUCGUUAACAGCUUCUUCGCAAAAUUCAGGAAUUUUUAACAAUCACUACCAACUAUGGCACUCGCUAAGCCGAAAUCCGAGCUGACUCCGGAGGAACUGGCCCGCCAGGAGGAGGAAGAAUUCAACACUGGACCGCUGUCGGUGCUGACCCAGUCGGUGAAAAACAACACUCAGGUACUGAUCAACUGCCGCAACAAUAAAAAACUGCUCGGUCGGGUUAAGGCUUUCGAUCGCCAUUGCAACAUGGUUCUGGAGAACGUCAAGGAGAUGUGGACAGAGGUACCACGAACUGGAAAGGGCAAGAAAAAAGUCAAACCGGUUAACAAGGAUCGGUUCAUUUCGAAGAUGUUUCUCCGCGGGGAUUCGGUUAUUUUGGUUCUGCGAAAUCCUCAGGCCACGGCUGUCGGAAAAUAAACUAUUCAAACAGUUUGGAGUGGAAUAAUUUUAGAUUAAUGUUUCUUUCUAGAGUAAGAACGAAUGCGUAUUUGAAAUAAAUCGAAUUUGAAACUUAA